AUGAACAUAACUAUUGAUCCUUCGCGUCGAAUUGUGCAUGAUUCUUGUCCUAGGUGGGCGGCGUGUACGUACUGUACAUGGAGGCACAGCCUAUUGACUGUGCAUCCCUGUACAAUACGUUUCUCAACCGUUCGCCAUAGGUUCGUGAUGUCGCUUUUUGCGAGUGUGAACCGCAACCCAGCGUGGAGGCCACCCGCAUUCGUGGAUGCAACAAUCUUCAUUGCACAACCAAAUAACUCUUUUCGGUGCAUGGAAGCUCACUUGCGGUGA